UAUAGGACCACAGGGCGGGGCAAACCUCGUGAGGUCACCGAGCCCUGGAUAAAGGGACGCAGAACGAGCGCAGGUGGCAGAGCCUUCGUUCCGGAGUCGUCCCAGGACCCCAGCCAUGAAGCUCUUCGUCCCCGCCCUGCUGUCCCUUGGAGCCCUUGGACUGUGUCUGGCUGCCCCGAGGAAAAACGUUCGAUGGUGUACCAUCUCCCAACCCGAGUGGCUCAAAUGCCACCGAUGGCAGUGGAGGAUGAAGAAGCUGGGUGCUCCCUCUAUCACCUGUGUGAGGAGGGCCUUUGUCUUGGAAUGUAUCCGGGCCAUCACGGAAAAAAAGGCAGAUGCUGUGACCCUGGAUGGUGGCAUGGUGUUUGAGGCAGGCCUGGACCCCUACAAACUGCGGCCAGUAGCAGCAGAGAUCUAUGGGACGAAAGAGUCUCCCCAAACCCACUAUUAUGCUGUGGCUGUCGUGAAGAAGGGCAGCAACUUUCAGCUGGACCAGCUGCAAGGCCGGAAGUCCUGCCAUACGGGCCUUGGCAGGUCUGCUGGGUGGAACAUCCCUAUGGGAAUCCUUCGCCCGUACUUGAGCUGGACAGAGUCACUCGAGCCCCUCCAGGGAGCUGUGGCUAAAUUCUUCUCUGCCAGCUGUGUUCCCUGCGUUGAUAGACAAGCGUACCCCAACCUGUGUCAACUGUGCAAGGGGGAGGGGGAGAACCAGUGUGCCUGCUCCCCCCGGGAACCAUACUUCGGUUAUUCUGGUGCCUUCAAGUGUCUGCAGGACGGGGCUGGAGACGUGGCUUUUGUCAAGGAGACGACAGUGUUUGAGAACUUGCCAGAGAAGGCUGACAGGGACCAGUAUGAGCUUCUCUGCCUAAACAACACUCGGGCACCAGUGGAUGCAUUCAAGGAGUGCCACCUGGCCCAGGUCCCUUCUCAUGCUGUUGUGGCCCGAAGUGUGGAUGGCAAGGAAGACUUGAUCUGGAAGCUUCUCAGCAAGGCGCAGGAGAAGUUCGGAAAAAACAAGUCUGGGAGCUUCCAGCUCUUUGGCUCUCCACCCGGCCAGAGGGACCUGCUAUUCAAAGACUCUGCUCUUGGGUUUUUGAGGAUCCCCUCGAAGGUAGAUUCGGCACUGUACCUGGGCUCCCGCUACUUGACCGCCUUGAAGAACCUCAGGGAAACUGCGGAGGAGGUGCAGGCACGGCGCGCGAGGGUCGUGUGGUGCGCGGUGGGACCCGAGGAGCAGAAGAAGUGCCAGCAGUGGAGCCAGCAGAGCGGCCAGAUCGUGACCUGUGCCACGGCCUCCACCACCGAUGACUGCAUCGCCCUGGUGCUGGUAGGGCGCCUGCCGCCCGCCUGCGAGCCGUGCGGGUGGGGGGCGCAGAAAGGGGAAGCGGAUGCCCUGAGCUUGGAUGGAGGAUAUAUCUACACUGCGGGCAAGUGUGGUCUGGUGCCUGUCCUGGCAGAGAACCGGAAAUCCUCCAAACACAGUAGCCUAGAUUGUGUGCUGAGACCAACGGAAGGGUACCUUGCCGUGGCAGUUGUCAAGAAAGCAAAUGAGGGGCUCACUUGGAAUUCUCUGAAAGGCAAGAAGUCGUGCCACACCGCCGUGGACAGGACUGCAGGCUGGAACAUCCCCAUGGGCCUGAUCGCCAACCAGACAGGCUCCUGCGCAUUUGAUGAAUUCUUUAGUCAGAGCUGUGCCCCUGGGGCUGACCCGAAAUCCAGACUCUGUGCAUUGUGUGCUGGCGAUGACCAGGGCCUGGACAAGUGUGUGCCCAACUCUAAGGAGAAGUACUAUGGCUACACCGGGGCUUUCAGGUGCCUGGCUGAGGAUGUUGGGGACGUUGCCUUUGUGAAAAAUGACACAGUCUGGGAGAACACGAAUGGAGAGAGCACUGCAGACUGGGCUAAGAACUUGAAUCGCGAGGACUUCAGGUUGCUCUGCCUCGAUGGCACCAGGAAGCCUGUGACGGAGGCUCAGAGCUGCCACCUGGCGGUGGCCCCGAAUCACGCUGUGGUGUCUCUGAGCGAAAGGGCAGCUCACGUGGAACAGGUGCUGCUCCACCAGCAGGCUCUGUUUGGGGAAAAUGGAAAAAACUGCCCGGACAAAUUUUGUUUGUUCAAAUCUGAAACCAAAAACCUUCUGUUCAAUGACAACACUGAGUGUCUGGCCAAACUUGGAGGCAGACCAACGUAUGAAGAAUAUUUGGGGACAGAGUAUGUCACAGCCAUUGCCAACCUGAAAAAAUGCUCAACCUCCCCGCUUCUGGAAGCCUGCGCCUUCCUGACGAGGUAAAGCCUGCAAAGAAGCUAGCCUGCCUCCCUGGGCCUCAGCUCCUCCCUGCUCUCAGCCCCAAUCUCCAGGCGCGAGGGACCCUCCUCUCCCUUCCUGAAGUUGGAUUUUUGCCAAGCUCAUCAGUAUUCACAAUUCCCUGCUGUCAUCUUAGCAAGAAAUAAAAUGAGAAAUGCUGUUGAUUUUCA